AUGUCGGCAGCUGGCUCUAGCGGACAACGACACAAUAAUGCUGGGGACGCAUCAGCACCCGCGGAAAAUGUUGUGAAAAAGGCCUUCCCCCGAGUUGAUCUGGAUGGGCAUGACCUGCCGCCUUCGCCAGCUCCCUCGAGCCCUCAUUCCGGUCGUCGGUAUGCGAUUGCUACGGAAUUGGUCUAUACAGAAGGGGGUGAUCAGUAUAAUGCCAGCAGUGUGCCAAUUUACCAGAGUGCGACUUUUAAACAAACCUCUGGCUCUGGAGGAGGCGAAUAUGACUACACACGUUCAGGCAACCCGACGCGAACUCACCUCGAACGACACCUUGCCAAAAUCAUGUCGGCCCAGCGAGCGCUGGUUGUCUCGUCGGGCAUGGCUGCUCUCGACGUCAUCACACGACUCCUACGCCCCGGCGACGAGGUCGUCACUGGCGACGAUUUGUACGGUGGCACAAACCGGCUGCUGAAAUAUCUCGGAUCGCAUGGCGGCAUUGUCGUGCACCACGUCGACUCCACGGUGGCUGAGAACGUGGAGGCUGCCAUUACCCCCAAAACUGCCAUGAUUCUCCUCGAAACUCCCACCAACCCGCUGAUCAAAAUCGUUGAUAUCCCCAAGAUUGCCGCGAUUGCACACCGCGUGAACCCAAACUGUCUUAUUGCCGUUGACAACACCAUGAUGUCGCCGCUGCUGCUGAACCCGCUUGAUCUGGGUGCGGAUAUUGUGUAUGAGAGUGGGACUAAAUACUUGUCGGGUCAUCAUGACCUGAUGGCUGGUGUUAUUGCUGUUAAUGACACUGCUCUCGGCGAGCGGCUUUACUUUCCUAUCAAUACCUCGGGAUGCGGUCUCUCGCCAUUCGACUCGUGGCUGCUUAUGCGCGGUGUCAAGACACUCAAGGUGCGUAUGGAGCAGCAACAGUCCAACGCACAGCUCAUUGCCGAAUUUCUCGAAUCACACGGGUUCAAGGUGCGCUACCCAGGUCUGCGAUCUCACCCGCAGUACGACCUGCACCACUCCAUGGCUCGCGGCGCAGGGGCUGUGCUGUCCUUUGAGACUGGCGACAUUGGCCUGAGCGAACGGAUUGUCGAGAGCGCCAAACUGUGGGCCAUCAGCGUCAGUUUUGGCUGCGUCAACAGUUUGAUUAGCAUGCCCUGCCGCAUGAGCCAUGCUAGCAUUGAUGCGAAAACGCGACAGGAGCGAGCCAUGCCAGAGGAUCUGAUCCGUCUGUGUGUGGGUAUUGAAGACCCGAAUGACUUGAUUGAUGAUCUUAGACGAGCUUUGGUUCAAGCCGGUGCUGUUAAUGUCUCGCUUGACAACUUCCAAGCCGUCCAGCCAGGUGAUCAGCCAGCGGCUGCGGCGAACUGA